CACAAUAUUAAAGUUUGCAUCGUUGCGAGGCGCAACACCACAACUUAUCUUGUGAGUCCCACGCAGUCUCUUCCUUUCUGGUUACACCCACAGCCCACAGUAGAAGAAGAAGAACAACAACAACUGGGUGGGUAAACAAUCAUGAUCAAAAUUAACCGUUUUCACUCCUAAUCCUCUUUCUUCUUCUUCUUCUUCUUCUUCCAUUCACUCAUUCAAUGGCGCUUACAUCACUCUCUCCGCUCCCAAUUCCGCCGCGCUCCUCCGCCAGUUCAUGCUUAUGCGGCGGGAUCAAUUUCCGCUCCAACAACCUCUCCAUUCAUUCCUCUUUUCCUCUUUUCUCUUCUCUCUCCUUCAACUCCAACUCCUUCAAUUCCAAGGUCUCUGGCAGAACAACCAGGCGCUCUCACACCGUCUUCGCUGCCUCCGCCGACUACUACAACACUCUCGGUGUCCCCAAAUCCGCCACCGUCAAGGAAAUCAAAGCCGCUUAUCGAAGGUUAGCCCGUCAGUACCAUCCUGAUGUCAACAAGGAACCUGGUGCCACUGAUAAGUUCAAAGAAAUUAGCAAUGCAUAUGAGGUGCUAUCAGAUGAUAAAAAGAGGGCUUUAUAUGAUCAAUAUGGUGAGGCAGGAGUUAAGAGUACCGUGGGAGCUGGAUCAAGUGCCUAUACGACCAAUCCGUUCGAUUUAUUUGAGACAUUUUUUGGGCCAAAUAUGGGUGGCUUUGGUGGCAUGGAUCCAACUGGAUUUGGAACACAACGUCGUAGAACUGUUACUAAGGGUGAAGACAUCCGGUAUGAUUUCUCAUUGGAGUUUUCUGAGGCAAUUUUUGGAACAGAGAAAGAAUUCGAUCUUUCGCAUUUGGAAACAUGUGAAGUCUGUACGGGUACCGGAGCCAAGAUAGGGUCCAAGAAGAGAGUGUGCGCAACUUGUGGUGGGAGGGGUCAGGUGAUGAGGACUGAACAAACACCUUUUGGAUUGUUCUCACAGGUUUCAGUUUGUCCAAGCUGUGGAGGGGAUGGUGAAGUCAUAUCUGAAUAUUGUCGGAAAUGCAGUGGUGAAGGACGCAUAAGGGUUAAGAAAAAUAUAAAAGUUAAAGUUCCUCCAGGGGUUAGCUCAGGCAGUAUUUUAAGAGUUACUGGGGAAGGUGAUGCUGGACCUAGAGGGGGCCCUCCAGGAGAUCUUUAUGUAUAUCUUGAUGUCCAAGAGAUACCAGGAAUUCAAAGGGAUGACAUUAAUCUCCGCUCAACAAUAUCAAUCAGUUAUCUAGAUGCUAUACUGGGGACUGUCACGAAGGUAAAGACAGUUGAAGGCAUUGCUGAGCUACAAAUACCUGCUGGUACCCAACCUGGAGAUGUCCUCGUUCUAGCGAGGAAAGGUGUGCCAAAAUUAAACAAACCAUCAAUACGUGGUGACCACUUAUUUACAGUCAAAGUUACAAUACCAAAACGUAUUAGUACGCAGGAACGUGAGUUGCUUGAAGAACUUGGUUCGAUAGUUGACAAAACAAGCAGUCGUUCAAAAUCCCGUCCUCGGACUCAAUCUUCCACUGGAAGUUCAGAAAGUCCUGUAGCUCAAAAACCUGAAAGUCCAUCACCAACAGUAGCAGAAAAUUCAGAAGAACAAAAUGAUAUUUGGAAUCAAUUAAAGGACUUGGCUGGGUCUGUGGCAAAUGGAGCUCUGAAGUGGCUGAAAGAUAAUCUUUAGUCCCAUAGGAUUAUUAUUUACUAGGUGGUCCGGAGACUUCGGGAUGUAGUAUUUCUUCUAAUUAGAGCUUGAGUUGUAAUGAUUCCAGCAACAACUGGAUGGGAAGGGAGUAUUCAGAUAUUUUUUUCAGAUGCUUUAACUGAAAAUUGUUAACUGCGCAGCAAAAUCAAACAAGAAGCCAUGCUUAUUCUUUUAUUUAUUUUACUUGUAAAUUUUGGCACAAUACAACUUAUAAAGAAUAACUUGUUCAAGGAUC